AUGGGUGCAUGUAUGUCUUCAGAAGGUGGUGUGGAGGUGUCAGAAAGAGAUAAAAUCCUCCAUCGUCAAGCCGAGAAGGAGUUGCGAGAGGCGAAAGCGAAACUAGCAAGUCAAGUCAAGGUACUGCUGUUGGGUUCCGGUGACUCGGGGAAGUCGACAGUUCUCAAGCAAAUGCGACUCAUACACAAAGUUCCAUUCUCACCGCAAGAAAUCGAGUCAUAUCGUCAACUCGUUUUCGAUAACCUUACGCGCGGUUUGAAGUAUCUACUGGACGCUAUGGAAGAAAUGGAGCUCAAGGUUACCGAGGAAAACAUUGAACAUAUUGACCUCAUCGAAAAUGCUCGGGAUAUUCGAGACGGUGAAGCCUUCCCUAUUGACUUCUACGAGCCUCUCAAGUCGCUUUGGUUGGACUCAAAUGUUCAGCGGGCGUGGGAGCGAGGGAAUGAGGCAGCUCUGCCCGAAAACCUGUCAUAUUUCUUCUCAUCGCUGGACCGACUGUUUGAACCCACAUACCAACCUUCCGAACAAGACAUUAUUCACUGUCGUGCACGCACUAUCGGUAUCACGGAAACCACGUUCAACUUAAAGGAGCACGAGAUGUUGAUGGUCGAUGUGGGUGGUCAAAAGAGUGAACGGAGAAAAUGGAUACAUUGUUUCCAAGAUGUCACCAGUAUACUCUUUUUGGUCAGCCUGAGCGGGUAUGACCAAUGCCUUGUGGAAGACCGGGAUGCGAACCAAAUGCAGGAUGCCAUGACAAUAUGGGAUUCGAUAUGUCACUCACAAUGGUUUAAGCAGACAUCAAUAAUUCUGUUUUUGAACAAGAAUGAUCUUUUCGAGAAAAAGGUACACGUCUCGCCAAUCAAAAACUUCUUCCCGGAUUACGAUUACGACGGUGAAACCGGAGAAGCCAAAGCCGGGCGAGACUAUUUCAAGAAACGAUUCGGCCGAUUAGCACAGAAGGCCGGUCGUGCGAAGGAGAGGGAAAUUUACAUCCAUAUAACAACAGCCACGGACACAGCAAUGCUGCGAGUGGUGAUGGCUGCAGUUGAAGAGUGA